ACCGUGCUUGGUGAAGAAACUGAGAGUUCCCCAAAAUCGUUACAAUCUGUGAUAGUUUGAAAAGUGUAGGAAUUUUUGGAAAUCAAUUUGUUAAAAAAAUCAAAGAAGAUGCAAUACUCAAGUGCAAUCGUUGGUGUCGUGCUGCUGGUCGCCGUUGUGAGUGCAGAAUUUGGCUACUACAUCCCGAAGGCAUUCUACAAAAUCGACGAAAAUGGAUACAAAUCCCAAUUGACCUACAUCGAUAACCUGCCGCCAAUCUUCCAUCGCACGAGGAGAGCAGCCCAGCUGGGAGGAGUAAACUUCGGAUUCCCGAUCCAGUUUCCGUCAUUCCCGCAAAUUCCCGCCGCCGCCGGUCAGGGCAACUUCCAGGGAGUGCAGACCAGCAUCUCCAGUGGCGGUAACAACUUGGACAACCGCUUCGACGAGAGUGGCCAAUCGGUACAGACGACGUUCACCUCCUUCAGCAACAACAACGGACACUUCCUUCAAACGACGCACUUCGUGGACAAGGAUGGCAAGGUGACGACCCACAAGCACGAAUCGGGCAAGGAAAGUAAUUCCAACCCACAGUCGGACUCGCACUCGUCCUCUCCUUCGUCUUCUACUACUUCUUCACCCCCGAAGAAGAACUAAAUCUUCUAUCAAAUCAACUCGAAACUGCACAAUUAGCAUAGUCAUAAUGUGGAUGGAGAUGGGAGCGAGAAAUGUAUCGAAAAAAAAAACUGUAAUCUUGAUAGACACAUCCCGGCGUGCCUAGCUCCCAGCAUGUGUUUCGCGCAGGUAUCGAAGCCAUCCCAUUCAACAUUAGAGACAUCAUUCUUUGAAGUCCCAUCCACGCCGGAAACGUAAAACAUCCCAGUAAUUAAUUUGUCCCAGACAAACAAAUCCAACACCGCUGCCGACUUCGACAUCAUCCAAGAAGCAAAAAGCAUCAGAAAAAAAGUCGUAAUCCACUCAAAGCCUUCCUCCACACAAGAUCUAAGAAGCGCUCAGAUAACAAAAAAAAAUAAACUGGAACGCACAGGAAACGGCAGUGUGAAAUUAUACGCGCAAAUUACCGAUAUGCGAAGAAAGCAAAAAUCGAAAUUAAUCUCUCUUUUUCGUGUCACACACAUUUGACUGGCUGCUGCCGCGAUCAAAGAUGAUGAUGAGUAGCGAGCAAACCAGAAAGCCUAAUGGAAAGAAGAUACAUCUAACAGUAUAGAAAUCAAGCGAAGCAAAUUUUUCGGAAAGGAAGAAGACGAGCCACCAACGAUCAUCGACUAGAUGGCGCGAUGCGCGGAGAAUGCGAACUUCCCGAAAACUAAUUUAUUGUGUGUGUACUGAUUCGUAAUUUAAAAUGCCAAUUUAAGUUAAUGCCUAGAGUUUAGAUGAUAACACGAUACAAAAAAAAACAUAAACGAAAAGAAUCGUGAAUAAAGUAAUACAAAGUUAAGCAAUAAGAA